AUACGUUUGACGCUACAUACACCGGGAUAGACCCAGGUCUUUCCGAGGGUGGAUCGGGACUUCUCCUCUUAGAGACUCACUCUCAUUGAUGACCCACAAAUGAUUAGCAUCACCCAUAGCAAAACCGCAACUAUCGCUCUAUGAGCAGAACCUUUGUCGUCCUUCUCGCGUAUCACUAUUCCAGAUUUCCUAAGAAGGUUGCGCGCGUUUAUCAACUAUCUCGCUAGAACCUCUCCAGCUGGCAAAGAAUGCCGCAGCUGCGGACGCCUGUGCUACGGAUCCUGGCCAUUACCAUCCUGGCAUGUGUCCCCGGCGACGCAGCAAGGACUCCCCCGGCUCGGCGUUCGCCAAAAUCUGCCGGCAAUGCAUACCCAAACCCUUCCCCCAAGCCUGGACUUAUAUCGGCCGUGGACACUGACACGAUGGCAAACAUCUCCAGUGUGGCCUUGAACGUGGCUUCACUUCCCGCAACAGUGGACCUCCGCCGGUUCCUCUCCGACACCAAGAACAGAUUGUAUGUGCCCACCGUGCCUGUCGCUGGAGGAGCGGGCGCUCAGACAACAUACAUGCCAACGCAGGAUGGGGACAGCGUCAUGGCCGCUAACGUGAAUUGCAGCGUGUCAGCCGCAUUUGUGCAGAUGGACGGCUUCACUGGCGCAGUGCUUCAGACCGUCAACGACACUGUGCCCCUGAACUGGAGCUACAACAUCACACCACCAGCGUAUCUGUCGGUCGACCCGGUGUGUAUCGUCAGCGACGACUACUACAACCCCAGUUCUUCAUACACUCCGUACUUUGGUGACGCCUUGAAUGCCGGCGCAAGGCGCGGCGCCGUGAUGGCGACUGAUGCAGCCGGUACGCAGCUGGUGUGGGCCAGCAUCGUCAGCGUGGGACGUCGUUACGAUUACUACCCGAUGGGUGCCGCCAGGUCCACACUGCUGGUCCGGCAUAUCAACCUCACCACGGGGGCCGCCCGCACCGUCCUCAGUGCCAACGUGUCCGGCGAUUGGCUUCUCGGCAUGGGCUUCCCAGCAACUGCUGCAAUUGCUGCAAGCGAUCAGCAGCAGUGGGCGGCGGCGGGGCUCGUAGACAUGGUGUUCACGCCCGGGUCAGCCGGCCGCCAGGGUGACUCAGUACUCCUGCUGCCGCGCUACACACCCGUCACCGCAGCUUUGUACGGGUUUCCUUUGGGCUCAGUGCCGCUGCUAACAGUGGGCCAUGCCGCACCCAUCGGCCUCCGCGUAGACCUGGCCACAGGCGCCUGCAUCGCGGUACCGCUGGGGCUGGGCACGCCCCUGCUCGGCAUCGCCUUCGACGAGCUCACACCCCAGCAGCCACAGCCCCCUCAACAAACUGCCACCACUCCUGCUGGCGCUGCGGACAGCGGUCGCCUGCAGCAGCAGCAGCAGCAGCCGGCCGCCGCCUACCUGCUGUACGCCGAUACUUCGCCUGUGUCCGUAGACGCCUGCGACCCCCGUGGUGCCGGCGGCGUGCUGCACAGCGGCGCCCUCACGCAGCCGCCCUCCAGCACCAGCCUGUGCUUCCCACACUACGUGCUGCGGGAGCAGCAACAUGCGCAGGCGCAGGCGCAACAGAGCCAACAGCCCCGCCGGCAGCAGUCCGUGCUGCAAAUGGAGUUCACACAGAAGUACCCAACAAGUUUGUUUACCUCCCCUUAUGCCAGCAGCGUAUGGUCACCUGGCGGCCUAACAGAAGUCCCCAUCCUGGCACUCAACCGUGCCCCCUCCUCUACUGCCACAGCCGCCGCAGCCGCCGCAGCCACGCCCCCCGUGUACCUGUACCUGGCCGACCGCGACCGCUGCCAGGUGCGGCGGUUGGACCCGCUCACGGGCGCCAGCGCCGUGGUGGCGGGCUACGACGGCAGUAGCAGCAGUAGCAGCGGCAGCAGCAGCAGUGAUGGGCUGCAGCGCCGGUCCUUCCUGUGUUCCUUCACGGCCCAGGACGGCCCGGCCCUGGGCCAGCCCAUGGGGCGGCCGGGUCGCAUCACGCGCGGCGCGCCGGGCACCGUGUUCGUGCUGGAGGACUGGCAGCAGCCGCCGGGCGCCGUGCCGCUGCGCAUCCGCCGCAUCUCGGGCGUGUAGACACCACUCGAGCACUCAACACAUGAUAUAACAUGGCGGGAGAGGGGCAGUGAUUCUUAGUACCGUAAUGGGGUGGGGCAGUUGCUAUGUUGCAAUACCGAUGCUGUGUGUUGCCUGCAUGCAUGCAUACGCUGCCUGAGUGAGCCAGAGCUGAACGCGGGGGCAGUUCCGCCAUCGCGGGUGACCAGGGAUUGGCGGGUGUGUGCCCGACCGCCCCGACUUGAUUCACAAGACACAGCUGCGGUUUUGCAUGUCAAUAGUCACGCAUGGUGCAUGUUGUUUGAUGUGCUGGUGCAUGGGAGAGCAAGGGUAUUAUUGCUGGGGGUGUGGGCCCCAGCAAACUGGGUUUCUGUAGCAGGGGCUAAACGCCCAGCGGCGUUUGCUAGGUGUGUGAUUGCUGCGGGAAUCUGCUGCCCGGCUGCUGCCGGCGAACAAGCGAGACAGGGGACACUGGGAUGUGCGAUGGGACAGUGUUAAGGCAGGUUGGUAAAGUCCCGUAGGGGGCAGCUAAUGCCCAGACCCCAGGUCCCCAGCAGGGGACACUGGGACAGCGUUGAUCACGCACGACUGAAACAGUACGGGGGGCCACGGGGCAGGGCCUCUGGGGAAUGCAACCGGGAGAGGCUUGCAUGCUGGGGCUCACAGCAACUGUAAGCUGCAGAUACU